CAGGCUACUUUGUCGAAACAUCUGGACUUACAACUGUUUCUAAUUAUUUCACUGACUAGACUGUAAACCUAAGGGUUUGGCACAAGCUUUCCUCCUAGAGAGCUGCCCAAAUCCUUGCAGGCAGCUAAUCAAAGGCACUUUGCAGGGGUGUUUGAGCCGGUUUUGGCCAGCUUUGAGUUUUAAAGCUCUGGAGCGAAGCUACAGCUGGGGAAAGGAGUAUACCAAGGAAUGCUUAUACUGUGUGCCUGACUCUCGUCUGCUGGGUGUAAGCAUGUAUGCUGGAGUCUUGGUCAACUUGGUGUGGGCUUCCUCCUUCUUCAGCAUCGUAUCUGCUGUGCCACACAACCCGUCCAUAAACCUGAAGAAUUUACCCUCAUCACCUUCCUCAACCUGUAGUCUGAGCCCUGCUGCAUCAGAGAAUCGUUGCAAGUCCCCAGAUGGGUUAAUUUGCAGUGGCAGGGGCAAAUGUGAUUGUGGAGUAUGUUUGUGUGAAGUCAAAGAAGCUGGCAAGUACUACGGGCCACUAUGUGAGUGCCACGACUGGGUAUGUCAGACCUACGAUGGAGAAGUAUGUGCAGGACAUGGGACAUGUGAUUGUGGGAAGUGCAAGUGUCAUGCUGGCUGGUCUGGUGAAGCCUGUCAAUACCCGACAACAUGUGACCUGACCCGGAAGCAAAGCAAUGCGAUGUGCAAGAACUCUCAGGGCAUCGUUUGUUCUAACGCAGGUACUUGCCAAUGUGGAAGGUGUAAAUGUGAGAAUUCGGAAAGUAAUGAACUGAUUUAUGGAAAAUAUUGUGAAUGUGAUGAUAGAGAAUGCAUUGAUGAUGAAACCGAAGAGAUAUGUGGAGGCCAUGGGAAGUGUUACUGUGGAAACUGUUACUGUGAGGCUGGUUGGCAUGGAGAUAAAUGUGAAUUCCAGUGUGACAUAGCCCCAUGGGAGAUCAAGAAAAGAUGUACAGCUCCAGAUGGCAGAAUUUGCAGCAACAGAGGAACAUGCGUAUGCGGUGAAUGUACAUGUCAUGAUGUGGACCCUACUGGAGACUGGGGAGAUAUUCAUGGUGACACUUGUGAGUGUGAUGAAAGAAAUUGCAAGACAGUGUAUGACAGAUACUCAGACGACUUCUGUUCUGGUCAUGGUCAAUGUAACUGCGGCCGAUGCGACUGUAAGGAUGGAUGGACUGGACGGAAGUGUGAACACCCACGUUCCUGCCCGUUGUCAAUAGAACUAAGCAAGAAAAAGUGCCAGGGGACCUCCAGUCAGCCGUGUUCGGGACGUGGGAAAUGCGAAUGCGGUGUCUGCACAUGUUUCCCUCCAGGAGACAACAGGGUAUAUGGAAAAAACUGUGAGUGUGAUGAUCGGCAGUGUGAAGAUCUGGAGGGCACAGUCUGUGGAGGACACGGCACCUGCUCUUGUGGUCGAUGCAUUUGUGAGGAUGGAUGGUUUGGGAAACUUUGCCAACAUGCAAGGAAAUGUAAUAUGACAGAAGAGGAAAGCAAGAGCCUGUGUGAAUCAGCUGAUGGUGUAUUAUGUUCUGGAAAAGGUUCUUGUCACUGUGGAAAGUGUAUCUGUUCAGCCCAGGAUUGGUAUGUUUCCGGGGAAUUCUGUGAAUGUGACGACAGAGAAUGCGAUAAACAUGAUGGCCUUAUUUGCACAGGCAAUGGGAUAUGUAACUGCGGGAACUGUGAGUGCUGGGAAGGAUGGAACGGAAAUGCCUGUGAAAUAUGGCUUGGAAGUGAAUAUCCUUAAAGGCAUCAGAAGAAGAAAAUAA